AUCUAGUAUAGAGAAAGAUAACAGGAUCAAAUUAAAUAGAUCAAGGCAAAUCAACUGCAAAGCACAUUGCGUGAUCUGGCAAAACAGAAAACUCGAAAAGCUCAGGUAAACAAACGGUUCGGAUUAGUGGUUAAGGCUAAGUUGAACGGAUAUUUCGCUGGUAUCCGGCAUUCCGCAAAUCCAAGGAAUUAUAUAUUUAUACUUAUGUACAGGAAUUCAUAACUGUUGUUUAUUUGAGCUAUUUCAUAUGUUUUAGCUAAUUCUAGACGUGAUUGCUAGUGUUAUAUCACUGGACGUACUCUUUUAUGCGAAGAGUACGAAAAUGUACAUCAAUGAGUUGUUUACAUGAAGUGUUUGGUUUUCUAUCUUCUAUUUUAGAGAGUUAUUAAUGGAGGCUUCAACAAUCAUCUGAUAGUGACUGUGUGUAUAUACACACGCAUAUAUAUAAUUACCGUGUAUAUAUAAAUAUAUAUAUAGUGAUUGUGUGUAUAUAUAGUUACUGUAUAUAUAUAUAUAUUUAUAUAUAUAAAUAAAUAUAUAUAGUUACUGUGUAUAUAUAUAUAGUUUUACUGUAUGUGUGUAUAAGUUACUCAGUGUAUGUAUAUAUAUAGUUGUUCUGUUUGUAUUUUAAAGACUAAAGGUGUAUUUGUUUCGGAAACUGGAUGGGCUCUGAACAAAGUAGCCUUCCGGCUGGUGCCCCAGGCAGCAGUCUGCGAUCCCAGCGUGAUGAAGACAUACCAUAUACAACAUACUCAAUAAGCAAACCCAUCGAUGGAGUGCCAAAAUCUCCUAAGUCUAAUGAUGAUGAAGGGGAAACUUCUAUGGAUUCGGAAAAAAAAAAGUUUUGUUUGUGCAUAUCAUGUUUCCAGAUACGUCCACCUUAUCCUUAUUGUGAGAUUGAUUACAUGAUGCAUGUGUUAUUGAACUCUCUCACGGACAGACAGAGGAAGUAUGCCAAGUACACGGAACAGUUUCAGCGCGUCAGUGAAACACUGUCCAUUUUGAAUCGCAUCAAAGGUUCUAUAGACAAUAUAAUUCCAAAGAUGGAGCGUCUGAACCAGAUGCUGCCAGAAACUGAACAGCUUGAACCAUUCACUAUGAAAUCCUUACCAUCAAAUUAAUCCACUCUAAUCCAAUCUAAUCCAAUUCAAAAUUCAAUCCAAUGUUUUUUCAAACUCUGUAUUUAUUUUGUUGCUAUAUCUAGUUUAUUGGCGCAGUUUCUGUUGUGCUGUUUUGUAACAUAGCUUAUAAAAUUUAAAAAAAUAUGAGCUAAGAGUAAAAAUUAUGUUGUUCAACUACAUGCUAUUGGCAGGUAGCUGAACAACAUAGGCAAAUACAGGUAUAUCAGAUACCAUACAACAUAA